AUGGCCUCAUCUUCAUCCGCCGAGACUUUCCCGAGUGCUCGGGUAGAAGAUCUGCUUGGUCUCAAUUAUCAGUACCACAUGGACGCUAAACCGAACGGAGGCAUUGAUGUAUGGCUCGUCUACUACGGACCUCCGUCACAGACCGAUCCGGAUGACCCCGCUACAUGGCAUUCAGGCAUAGGUGUCACGACCUAUCCCGUCCAUGGCGAGCUGGCCAUUGAAAAAGGAUUCAAAACGGUAGUUUAUUUGUUUCCUCACGGCACUACCGAAGCCAAAUUGGCAAACAUCGCCGCAUACUGUUCUCAGAACCCAAAAGAUUUCGGCCAAUGGGUUUGUCACGCCGUCUCGGAACAGAAACCUGGGACCAUACUCCGUGCUCUUGAAUCACGACCUGAUAGGGAGGUUGAAGUCCUGAGUAUACCUGGCGAUCCACCGGCACCGUCUAAAAUUCCAUUUGAAAGUGUUGAUGUCGAAUAUGUGUUUGGGAUAUACCUUCAGGAUAAAAUAGACGGAGAACCGCCAGUUGACCAGCCUGAUCCGAACGGCAACUUCUGGGUUGCUGAAUAUAGAAAGAAACCCUUGGUGUUGGAUGGACGAUAUGACUCUGGCCAGGGUGUUACCACAGAUAUAGACGACGCUAUGAGAGCUUGGAGAGCAUUUAAGACCUCUGGCGAGGGAAGGGUAAAGUUCAAGGCCUAUAAACUGACGCCCUUCGUUGAACCAGGACGUGGACUUCCAGACAGGUUAUACCACAUGGGCCUUCUAUGCGACAGAGAUGACAGCAUCAUGUUCGGGUCGCGCCAGAUAAAGGACAAACCGUUCCUCGGAAUGAGAGACUGCGUGUGGACAAGUCAAAAUCUCAUAUCGGCGAUGGAAAGAGCUGAAGCGGAAAAAGACACGCAGUUGACUAGUGCGUCAUCUGAUUCCGUUUUCGACAAUAUCGUUACUACUCUUCUUACUUUGAAUCCUGAGAAUAAUGGUUAA